UACUCACAGGGAGAUAUACAAUAAUGUCGCAAUCGUUGAAGCCUUACUUGACGGCAGUCAGAUCGUCCUUAACGGCCGCCAUAUGUUUGGAGGACUUUUCAUCACAAUUGGUCGAAAGACACAACCGGCCUGAAAUAGAGGUGGACAACUCACACAACCCCGAGUUGAUUUUGAACCCCAUGGUGAUAGCCAGAAACGAAAACGAAAAGGUGUUGAUUGAACCAUCUAUUAACUCUGUGAGAGUGUCGAUUAAAAUCAAACAGGCAGACGAAAUCGAACAGAUUUUGGUACACCAGUUUGCGCGGUUCUUGACGUCCAGAGCCGAGAACUUCUUCAUCUUGAGAAGAGUGCCUAUCAAGGGCUACGACAUCUCAUUUUUAGUAACCAAUUUUCACACGGAACAGAUGUUGAAGGACAAGUUGGUGGACUUUAUCAUAGAAUUCAUGGAAGAGGUCGACAAGGAAAUAAGUGAGAUGAAGCUUUUCCUCAACGCCCGAGCCCGUGUGAUCGCCGAGGCUUACUUGACUCCCUUUGACUGAGUUAUACAUUUCUCUAUAAAAAUACAUAUGUAACGACUGUUCAUAGGCUAGUGUACAUGUGCACCAU